AUGGCGGCGUCCCAGAGCUCACUAACGACGACUUCGACCUGUGCCGCGGAGACUGCACACGGGACGCACUUGUUUAGAAUCACCGGGUACAGCCUGUACAGUGGCAUCGGCGUCGGCGAGCGCAUCAAGUCCGCUACCUUGGCUGUCGGCGGCUACGAAUGGCGACUCAGCUAUUACCCCGACGGUAACAAUGAGGAAUACAAAGACUGGCUGUCGGUUUUCCUCGAUCUCAAGACCGAGGACGCCGAGGUCAGGGCCUUCUUCGAUCUGAGGCUUGUCGACCAGGCCACACAGCAGGCGCCGCCGCCUUUUACAGUGCCAAACCCUAGCGAGAUAACCUUGUUUGACUCUGAUGCUCCGUCCUGGGGUUAUCGCCAACUCAGGAAGAAGAGGAAGCUCAAAAAGUAUAUCCUGGACGACGCCCUUCUCAUCGAGUGCAGUCUUACUGUGAUCAACUUCAAGGAGGCACUGGCGGCGGAGACGAUGAUGAAAUAUGAGGACCAAGUUCCGCGGUCAGACUUGCUGGAUAAUCUUCGUAAUUUACUAGAGACACAAGAGGUAGCUGAUGUGUCCUUCAACGUCAACGGGGAGGUUUUCCUCGCACAUAAGGUCAUCCUCGCAAUGCGGUCGCCGGUAUUCAAGGCAGAGUUCUACGGGCCGAUGAGCAACGAGUGUAAGCGGAGUCUAACCAUUGAAGAUAUGCAGCCUCCUGUUUUCAAAGCAUUGCUCCAAUUCAUCUACACGGAUUCGCUGCCCCCAAUGGAUGAACUCAAUGAUGAGGAGUAUGAAGAGAUGGUUAAGCAUCUGCUUGUUGCUGCAGACAGAUAUGCCAUGGAAAGGAUGAAGCUCAUGUGUGAGAGCAAACUUUGCGAUAUUCUUCUUGCCGAGAAUGUGACCACCAGAUUAGCCCUAGCCGACCAGCAUCAUUGCAGCAUGCUCAAAGAUGCUUGCAUUGAGUUCAUUAGCUCUUCAAAUAGAAUGGCUGAUGUGGUGGCAAGCAAAGGGUAUGAGCGCCUGAAAAGGACAUGCCCUACUACGUGUGCAGAUAUAUUGGAGAAAGCAGCGAAGGCGCGCAAAAUUUAG